UAAGCAACUAAGAUGAACAUUCAAGGCAGUGAAAAUCCCAGGGUCUGUCUAAAUGGUCAGACACUCAAAUUCUGAUGAUUAGGAAACAUAAUGUGAAACAAUCAGCAGUUACUUUUUUCCACUACUGAGGUACCUGAAAUUAAAAAGGGUGCUAUCCCGCGCUGGCCAGGAGGGCAAACGCCCAGCCAUAGCCUUCGAGAGAAACAACCUGCCCGUACGGAGAAAAACCAAAGCUCCUCGACUGCUCUCGGUAAUCAGUUUCCAGGAAACAGAAGCAUAGGCAUCUAAGGCUAUUUUUCUUUGUAUUCUGAGCUGCCCGCAACAACACUUUGAUCAGCUAAUCCACGAAACGGAAGUCUGCAGUAAGAGAAGUCCACGGAGUCAUGGGACACACAGCAGGGCUCUGGGACAGCAGCUCUGGGCCGAGUUUGAGACUUCCCAGGAGCUGCGGAGGAGGUCCUGCAGCGGCAGGGCCAGGCAGCAGUGCCGAGAGGACAAAGCAGAGGGCCUACAGAGCCAAGGGUGUGCUCACCUGGCUGGGCAGGGGACGUCCCUAGACCCUGUCCUGUGCUCACCCCUCUAUGGCCCCGGGCGGGUCACCUGGCCUGCUGAUCUCAGCUGCCUCAUCCAGCAAUUGGGUGUCUUUAUUCAAGAAACGCACUUCUGAUAUGGCAGGUACACGAAACUAAAUGCAGCUGCUGCAGGGCGCUUGAUUCGACGCUGGCGCGCGAAGAACAUUAGUGGAAAAUGAAUUCAAAUCCAAAUAAAGCCCAGGGCUCAGCUGAGGGUAAUGCGCCACUGUCGGCGUCUCAGCUCUGACAAGCCACAGCCGUGAGAUGACGACAGUGGAGCAGCUGCAGGGCGCAUGCGUAACCCGCUACUGGCUUCGCAACUUUUUCGGCCGAUCUAACAUUCUCUAAUACAAAACGCCGCAAUUUUCAAAAGCUGCUUGAAAAAUACCAAUGCUAGCACUAACACCGUGAGAAAAAGGCCUCACAGUGGCGUUGGUGACCCGCAGGGCAGCUUCCCUCGCAGUGGACAGGAAGGGAAACUGCCUCUGGGACGCUGUUCUUCUCCGACUACAGCGACCAGUCUCCGACCUGGACAAUGCGCUGUCCACACUCGGAAAGGCCCACCCGCAACGCGGCCCCGGGUCCUCAGCCUCGCUCCGCGCCAGGAUCCCACACACGCCCCCGCCCAGAGGGACGCGCCAUUCCCCGCUCCAGGUGCGCCGUCCUCGCGUUAUUUACUAGGAAAGCUCCCCGUCCGAGGCGAGUCCUCGCCUCCCGCCCUUCCAGCUCCUUAUUCAUUCCCUGGCCUUACACGUCACGCUGCUGUGACUUGUCCCGCAGUUCUCAUCACUCCAGCCCACACACACAUUUGGGAUAAUAAUGGCUGCCUAACACUGGAUCAAAACAAGGUUUCACCAAAGAGCGGAGGGCAGGGAGACCUGCGGGCAUUUGACCCUUCGGGGCCACCGUCCCUGCCCCCGACUUCCGGCUUUUAUUAAAAUACCGCCCACGUGAUGGAGUGGGCGGAAGGGCGGGCUCAAACCAAACGGACAGUGCCCAUUGGCUGCUGGGGAAGGGGGCGGGUAGAAGCCUCCUCAUGACGUCAGGACGCCGCGGUCAGAACGUAGAAGCCAAAGAAGACAGGAGCCUGAGGAGUAGCUGAGCGUUUUCGCGGCUGUGGUGCUACCGCCUUGGGCCGCUCCUGACGAGUCCUCGGAACGCACAGACCUGGCUCCUCGGGUCUCCCUAACUUACUCUUUCUUGCACAGACAGUGAGAAAGCAGCCUGGCUCCCGAGACCCACCCCCUGCACCCCAAGGUCCAGAUGGCGGCCAACGUGGGUGACCAGCGUAGCACAGAUUGGUCUUCCCAGUACAGCAUGGUGGCCGGGACUGGCAGAGAGAACGGCAUGGAGACCCCCAUGCGUGAGAACCCCGAGUGGGAGAAGGCCCGCCAGGCCCUGGCCAGCAUCAGCAAAGCAGGAGCCGCUGGCAGCUCAAAGGCCAGCAGCAGUGGGCCUGUAGCCGGUGCACAGUACGUGUCUCAGGCAGAAGCCUCCGCCCUGCAGCAGCAGCAGUACUACCAGUGGUACCAGCAGUACAACUAUGCCUACCCCUAUAGCUACUACUACCCCAUGAGCGUGUACCAGAACUACGGCUCCCCCUCCCAGUACGGCAUGGCCGGCUCCUACGGCUCAGCCACCCCCCAGCAGCCUUCGGCACCCCAGCACCAAGGGACCCUGAACCAGCCCCCAGUCCCCGGCAUGGACGAGAGCAUGGCUUACCAGGCCUCCCCGCAGCAGCUCCCGGCGGCCCAGCCCCCACAGCCCUCGAAUCCCCCACACGGGGCCCAUACUCUGAGCAGUGGCCCCCAGCCUGGAACAGCCCCCGCCACGCAGCACAGCCAAGCGGGGCCCCCUGCAGGCCAGGCCUACGGGCCGCACACCUACCCUGAGCCUGCAAAGCCCAAGAAGGGUCAGCAGCUGUGGAACCGCAUGAAGCCGGCCCCUGGGACAGGGGGCCUCAAGUUCAACAUUCAGAAGCGGCCCUUUGCUGUCACUAGCCAGGGCUUUGGCUCCAGUGCCGAGAACCAGCACAGCAGCUUCGGUCCCCAGCCCAACCCAGAGAAAGCCCAGAACCACAGUGGGCCUUCCCCUCGGGGGAACCUGUCAGGGAAGCCUGAUGAUUGGCCGCAAGACAUGAAGGAGUAUGUGGAGCGCUGCUUCACGGCCUGCGAGUCAGAGGAGGAUAAGGACCGGACAGAGAAGCUGCUCAAGGAGGUGCUGCAGGCCCGGCUACAGGACGGCUCAGCCUACACCAUCGACUGGAGCCGCGAGCCACUACCGGGACUGACCAGGGAGCCUGUGGCUGAGAGCCCCAAGAAGAAGCGGUGGGAGGCCCCUGGCAGCCUUCACCCUCCCAGGGGGGCAGGCUCAGUGAGCAGGGGCGGGGGCGCCCAGUCCCAGCGAGGGGCGGCCGGGGCUGGGGGUGCUGGCCGAGCCCGGGGCAGCAGCUUCGCCAAGUUCGGCAACCGCAACGUCUUCAUGAAGGACCACAGCUCUUCCUCCAGCACGGACUCCCGCUCCCGCUCCUCCUCCAGGUCCCCCACACGCCACUUCCGGAGAAGUGACUCCCACUCAGACUCUGACAGCUCCUACUCGGGGAACGAGUGUCACCCUGUGACCCGCAGGAACCCACCCCCCAAGGGCCGCGGGGGUCGGGGCGCCCACAUGGACCGGGGCCGGGGCCGGGCACAGCGAGGGAAGAGGCAUGAUCUGGCUCCCACGAAGCGCAGCCGCAAGAAGAUGGCUGCGCUGGAGUGUGAGGACCCGGAGCGUGAGCUGAAGAAGCAGAAGCGUGCGGCCCGGUUCCAGCACGGGCACUCGCGCCGCCUGCGCCUGGAGCCCCUGGUGUUGCAGAUGAGCAGUUUGGACAGUGGCGGGGCUGACCCUGACUGGCAGGAGCUGCAGAUCGUGGGCACCUGCCCAGACAUCACCAAGCAUUACCUGCGUCUCACCUGUGCCCCGGACCCUUCCACUGUGCGCCCUGUAACAGUUUUGAAGAAGUCCCUGUGCAUGGUCAAGUCCCACUGGAAGGAGAAGCAGGACUACGCCUUUGCCUGCGAGCAGAUGAAAUCCAUCCGGCAGGACCUGACGGUGCAAGGUGUCCGCACGGAGUUCACCGUGGAGGUGUAUGAGACCCACGCCCGCAUCGCCCUGGAGAAGGGUGACCACGAAGAGUUCAACCAGUGCCAGACACAGCUCAAGUCUCUUUACGCGGAGAACUUGCCAGGCAACGUGGGCGAGUUUACUGCCUACCGGAUCCUCUACUACAUCUUCACCAAGAACUCAGGAGACAUCACCACCGAGCUGGCGUACCUCACGCGGGAGCUGAAGGCAGACCCUUGUGUGGCCCAUGCAUUGGCACUGCGGGCAGCCUGGGCCCUGGGCAACUACCACCGCUUCUUCCGGCUCUACUGCCACGCGCCCUGCAUGUCUGGCUACCUCGUGGACAAGUUCGCAGACCGGGAGCGCAAGGCUGCCCUCAAGGCAAUGAUCAAAACCUUCCGCCCUGCGCUGCCUGUCUCCUACCUGCAGGCCGAGCUGGCCUUCGAGGGCGAGGCCGCCUGCCGGGCCUUCCUAGAGCCCCUGGGCCUGGCCUACAUGGGCCCCGACAACUCCAGCAUCGACUGCCGCCUCAGCCUGGCGCAGCUGCCAGCCUUCUGAGCACCCAGCGAGCCCGGGUGGCCGGGGCUCUGGUCCCAGCACCGCCUUGCGGAUUUUGUUUUUGAGCCAUGGACUUGGGUUGUAAAUGAAUUUAUGGGGAGUGGGCUCCGGGAAGAGCCUCCGUCCCUGUCCCGUUUCCCACCGGGAUGUCUGUACAGAGAUUUUUCUACAUUUUUAUUUUUGUCUCAGAGGGGUGGGUGGGGUGGAGAAGGGGUGGCGGGUGGGUGGGGUCUGCAGGCCGUGUCCACCUUCACCUCCACUAAUGCUGUCUCAGUGUUUUCUCUCUCUCUCUCUCGAGCUCCUACUGCGGCACCGACCCGGCGUGCUGGCCCCUCCUGUGCCUGGGCCCUUCUGCGGGAUGAAGACGGGCCGUCCACCUGCGCCCACCCGCAUCGGGUGCCAGCCCGCCAGCCAGCCCGCGCCCAGCGCCUCUUCGGCCUCUUCACAGACUCUUGUUGCCGAGCCCUCUGGGGCCUCAGUGUUUGGGGUGAGGGAGCCGCCUAGAGACUGUGCCCGCCCUGGGCCCCCACCCCGGAAUCACCAAUGCCAACGUCACCGCAGACCAGCGCUACCGCAGUGCACCGAGGACCUGGAGGCAGCGUGGGACCUCGCCGGCCGGGCCGCCUGCCCUCAAGUUGUAUUAAGUUGUCUCGUGUCCCUCCUCCCUCCGCCCCCAAUGUCUCUUCUGGUUUUUUUUCCCCCUUUCCUCCCUCCUCCCCAUCCCCAGCCCUCCCCGGUUCAGCACAGGUAAAGCGGUUACCCUUCCUCCCUCCCUGCCUCAUGGAUCACCAGCUCACGUCAUGUUUCCUUCUCUUUUCUUUGUGUGUGUGUUUAUUUAAGUUAUUUUUCCUUCCUCCCCCUUUCUUUUCGGCCCUCCCCCUCUUCUGCCAUGUAAUGGAGGGUGUGCUGAGUUUGCAAACAGCUGGACUGUCGGGCUGCUUUUUUUCCAGACGCCCCCUCUGCCUCCCUCCCUCCUCUCCCCUCCUUCCUUCAUUCUUUCCUUGGAGCGCUGACGCCAUUUGGAAGCUUGAGAGAAGCCAAAAUUAAAGAGAGAGAGAGAGA